AUGUCAUCAGAAACAGAACUAUUUCGGGAUAUUUUACCUUCAAAAACAGGCUUCUAUGAUAAAUUCGAUGUGGGCAUAAAAAAAUGUGGAGAUGGUUGCACAGAUAAUGUAAGCGGGACUCUAAAUUCAAUUACUAAUGAAGGUCGCAGGGAUAAAAUUAAGAAUGCAUGGUACUAUGUUAACUACAUGUAUAAAGACAGGGACAAUGCGAAGACUACUGCCCCUUGCUAUUUCCUAUAUUUCUGGAUAGGAAACAAAUUAUCUGAGCUCCCUGCGGAAGCCAAUUUCAAGGGUAUCCUAUUUACUAUCUGUUCAUUAAUAAAAGAUAUAUAUGGGAACCCAGAAUGUAAAGAUAUAUGCGCUAAUAUUGACGAAGUCACUUUCAAAAAUAGAAAAAUCCUAUUCGAUUUCUGGUACGACCAUCCUACUGUACUAACACUGUUAGAGCAUAGUGGGCCUAAGGGUAUUACGAAAUGUCAAAGUUACCUGCAGGACGUAAGUAUAGCAUAUGAAGCCGUAAAGGUAAGUUGUACGAACGGGGGAUCAUAUGAUUACUGUAAAAAAUUUUGGAAUAAUCAUAAGUCAGGCAUUGAAGAGAAACUAUCAAAAUUGAAAUCUGAAUUAAAAUCAUUACAAGACAGUAUAGCGCACGAAGCACAAACAGCACAAUCCAAACUAGAAGAUGCUGUACGUUCCGCCACCACCACCUCUUCAAUCACUUCCAUCUUUGGCACUUUAGCAACAAUAGGUACCCCUUUUUUAUUAUACAAAGUAAGAAUCCAAAACUUAAUAUUAAAAACCCCUUUCCCUAUAAAUCUUUCUUCCGUUCAGUAUAAACCAUGGUCUUCCUUGUUUGGUAAACAUUCUGGAAAUGGAAGAAAAAACACAAGAAAAAAAAGAACAAUUGGGCGGAACUUUGGUUCGUCCAUAGAAGACACCUUAACAGAAUAUUCCACAGAUUAUUCAACAAUAGAUGGAACAGUAAGCUCUGCUGCACACGCGAGACCAUCUACCACAGGAGCGUCUGCCAAAGGAAGGGCAGGAGGAAAUAAUGAACGGGGUCACCGGAACAAUAUAGGUUACCAAAACAUGUAA